CAUCUCGGAGCGUUGCUUUUUGGCAAGCAAGCACGGGAGCAAAGAACCCAACCUUCACACGCGAUGGAGGCUGCCCCACCGCCACCGAAGCGGCGCUCCGUCGGCGGCGACGCCACCAACACGGCACCCGAAACGGCUGCCUCGCGCAAGCGCAAGAGCACGGACGCUGCCGACCCCAUGAUGAGGGCCGCUACCGCGCGCCGCCGGAGCCUCGGCGGCAAGCGCAAGAGCCGCGGUAGCCCCACGACGACGGACGCCACAGGGGCCGCCUCGCGCAAGCGGACGAGCGUCGGCGACGGAAUGACGUCGCGCAAGCGCCGGAGCCUCACAAGUGACGAGGGCGUCGCGAGCCGCGUCAAGCGGCGCCGCUCGCUGGAAGGGGCGCCCCUCUUCUCGCCGCCGGACAAGGAAGCAACACCAAAGAAGGCGUCGCCGGGCGCCGCGGAGCUGAGCUUUUUCUCCCCGGCGGCGUCGGCGAAACGCAGCAGGGCUUGGAGCGUCCGCUGUUCGGCGCGCCGCGCGGCCGACGCGUGGUCAGAGCAUGAUGGAUGGCUCCCUUCAAAGGGUGAGGAAGAGACUUUCAUGACCCUGGUCGAGAGCCGCGGCUGCCCGCCGGCGAAGCGGUUGGAGGCCUGGGCGGCCUGGGCCUCGGGCCCUUCAACAGAGUUGCUCCUGGAACUGAGUAGCGACGCAGCGCUCGAGACCCAAAUUAGUAAAGACGUCAAGCGGACGCUGCGGGGUACUCCUUACUUCCGCGACGGAGAUGGCGCCACGUAUCUGGCCGCCUUCCUGCGGACGCGCGCGGCCGAAGACACGAGUGUUGGCUACGUCCAGGGCAUGAACUACGUCGCGGCGUUCUGCCUAUUGGUCGCGCGCGGCGACGCCGACGCCGACGCGAACCCGGCGCCGACGGCUCGCGACGACGCCGCGCGCGCCUAUGAUGCCUUCCGGGCGCUCACCGGGCUGUGUCGAGGCUACUACGUCGACGGCUUCCCGGCGCUGCACCGCGACGUCCGCGUGUUCUCAGAUCUUCUGAGCGAGCACCUGCCCGAGAUCGCGGCGCAUUUGGAGAAGGUCCGCGCCGAAGCGAUGACGUACGCCCCGCGCUUCUUGAUGGCCCUCUUCUUGCACAUGCUACCCGGCCACGUCGUCGCGCGGUUACUGGACUGCGUGCUCGCGGCUUCAGCGGUGGACCCCGCCGGCGGGAGCGACGCGACGUCGGCCGUGCUCGUGCAUGCACUGCUGGCCGUCGUUGCGGCUGCCAAGGACGAGCUGGUGGCUACCGACGACUUCUGCGCGGCGCAAGCGGCGCUCGUCCGCGCCGCGCGGAAUACCCCAAGCUUCGAGAAGCUCCGACGCCGAGCGCCGUGCUCCGUUGAGGCCUGCCGAGCUGCGCUGACUCGGCCAGUUCCCCCACCGCAAGCGCCGCCGUCACGGUCGCCGCAGCGCCUCUUCCCUCUACCCCCUCCGCCGCCGGCCGCGCCGCCGACGGGCAUUCUCCAGAACCUACGAUCGUGGUUCGAGAACGACGAGUAUGCCACCGACACCAUGCGCCGGCCCCGCCUCUCGCCGCGGCCGCGCCGGUCGGCUAGACGGUCGGCCGGCGUGGAGCUUUCCACGUUCGCCCAGAGAGCUGCCUCGCCCGUACGGUUCGCGCUCGAGGCGCUGUCGCCCGCGCCGGUACGGGGGGACAAUCCGCUGAGCCGUUGGGUCUAGUAACAACAGAGAUCACU